ACCGAAAACAUUAUCCUUGCACUUUCAAAAAAAGAAUCGUUCGCAAAAGUAGAGUAGGUGAGAGAAUGUUCUUAACUUUCCGUUUUACUGUGGAAAUUCAUUGCAAUUUUUAUAUAAAUAAUUUGCCGGAGCUAGUCGAUUGCUUUCAAUAUGAAUCCAUUCAAAGGCGCAGCCAACGGGGAGUGCAAUAAUCAAUUGGUCGAGGCUCGGACGUUGUCCCGUGCAGCCCGAGCGAUUCGCGCCUUCUACACAAAUCCAACCUGGGCCACUUUGCUUACUGCCAUCGUUGCGGCCUGCCGGAGCGAGGACGGUGACGGGGACGGGGAGUUUGUGCGUCAACCAGAUCUUCCGAUUGGCCAAUAUAUGGACUUCUUUAUGCGCCAGUGCAUCCAACUGCCGGCCGGCCAUGUGCUCUCCCGCACGGUGCAUGUGAAUGCGACUAUUUUCCUAACACACUGCGCCCGGGUGUGCAGCAAACGUGACUGUGCCGGGCGCUUGCUGCCAGAGAAUGAAGAAGAUCGGGCCCCAAGUUGUGCUCCCGAUAAAAGCGACCAGCAUCCAAAUUCUCCAUACAAUUAUGUGAUGAAACCAAAACCAUUUACGGUGAUGUCCGACGCGGAGCGCUUCAGCCGCAAGCAUAUGCAAUAUAAGCCAGUCCGUGAACUGUACGUAAAUAGUACGGAUUAUGCGGUGCAUCCCUUGUGGCGGGGCAUACAGCUGGUGGAUGCGACAGAUCCGAAUAUCGUUGACUUGAAGGGCAACUAUAAGCUGUUCACCUACCAUAUGGAUACCACAUCGAACACGCUGAUGCCGGACAUUCCCUUUCGUUCCAGGCAGUUCUCCAAUCGGCUCGCGAUCAUAGACGACGUCGAGAGCAGCGCCGUAGCGUUCCGCCAUCUGCAGUCGGCCAAGAACAACGAGCUGGACGAUCAGUCGGAUAUGGCCGAGUCGAUAAUGCUCGAACGCCCCAUUAAUAAUAUGAACAUCUCGGAUAUGUCUAUCGAGUCGGACGAGCUGGGCGAUCAGGGCAGGGUCAUCAGGGUGGAGCAAUGGAAUCUUGCCGACGAGAGCUCUGUCACCGAGCUGGAGCCUCGGAAAUACGACUUCGUGAGCCGUGCCAUGAAGGCUAAGUCAGCGGUCGAAGUGAAGUCUGAACCUUCGGAUGAUUGUGUUAAGAAGCCUCGGUUUCUUAUUAUUCCAAUGUCCACGGACUCAUCCGCUGACGAAUCGAUUGCCGAGCAGCUAAGUGAGAACGCCUUGCCGAUCCUACAGUGUCGCUCGACCAAAGAGGAUGGCGGAGACGAAGAUCCGGAUUCGCCGUUCAAUGCCAAUGUGCGUCCACGCAAAGUCGAGGCCAAUGCGAAGGGCGAGGGCGAAUAUGACGGAGGAACGGUCAGCAUUAUUCCCAUUGCCGCCGGCAUUAGGGAUCCGAAGCUGUUCUCUUACAACACCAACGAUGCCAGGGUGCAGCAGCUGCUGCCGCUAUUGCCACGCACCAAAUUUCAAAUUGAAGCCGAGGCGAAUGCGCAGGCGGCGCAGAUCCGUGGCAGCACGUCGUUGAUGGACAAGCAGAGCUACUUGGAGGCGCGCUUGUCGAAACUACAGCGGCACCUCGAGGAGCCGUGCAGCAGUGAGGCAGCGAACAGGCUGCGCCUCGAAAUGAUCCAGAUUCGGCGGCAGCUCAUCAGUAUUCAGCCAGACUCGGAGGAGUCCUCCGACAUGGAUGUGCAAGUGCCGGAACUGCUGACGUCCAGCCGUUCCAGAUCGCUACUAAACGACGCACUGGACAAUAUGUUGCGGAACAUUAGCCGCGACACGGCGACUGUUAUGGAGCGCAGACUGACCAGAAAUGUGGCCGGCUUCCUUGGCAGCACACGUCCCGAUCAACGCUCCCCGUCGGUGUCCGUUGCAGUGUCGGACGAGCUCGCGCGCAAGGUCGUCAAACGUCGCCUGUCGAACAACGCGGCAGCAACAGAUUCCCCACUCAACAGAUUGCCCGGGAAGCGUCGCUGCGAGGAGCCACAGACGCACACGCCCCAUCAUGAUAUGCCCGUUGCCGAAUGUGAGCGCAAUGCGACCUUGGCCAGCACCCUCACUAGCAUGACCCAGGUCAAAUGCGAUCUGCGGGCGGCCCAGCAUCAGCUACGGGCACGCAUUGUGACGAUACACGGGCGCCUGGAAGAGCCGUGCACCAGCAGGGAGGCGCAUAAGUUGCAUGAGCAAUUGGCGGGGAUACGCGAAAAGCUGGCCACGAUUGAUGAGGCACUCGAUGCAACUGUGCCGGACGGCUCGUCGGACAUGGACUUGGAGGUGUCGACAACGGACUGCGAUAUACUGGAUGUGCAGCCAAGCGAGCCGCGGGACAUUGGAUUCAAUGAAUCUGGCUUUUUGGUAAGCACGCGCUUGGAUCAGACGCUGCCAAGGUUUCAGCCGACUGGUUUCAGUCUAUCGGAGAGCACUCGCCUGGACGAGCAGUCGCGGCGUCCAGGAGCAGAUGACUCCAGCAAUAGGUCGGAGCAGCUACUGCCGACUGGCGACUCGGGCAUUGUCUCAGCAGAUGCGAGCGACCAAGUGCAUCCAUCGACGCUCCAGCAAAGCGGGAAUAUGGACAUGGUAAUAGAGAAGCAGCUGGAUGGGAGGCAGCAGGAAGAGCUCGCCAAGUCGCUUGAGGAAGAGACUGCGGAAGAAGAACAGGAAGAUGAUAAUCACGACGUGGAAACGAAUGUUGACGACGACGACGACGACGACGAUGAAGAAGAAGAAGAAGAAGAUAAAGUGCGUCAAAAGCCCGAAGUCGAUGAACUCUGCGAUGCUAUGGAAGAUCAGUCCGACUCUGAGAUCAGCCAUUGA